GGGGCUAAGCGCAGACCGCAGCGUAGAGUGGAUCCCGGAGCAGUGCAGAGCGGGGCGAGGACCAUGGCUGUAUCCAGGGUCCUGUCCCUCCUGGCAACGGUGGCAUCGAUGGCGCUGGUGAUUCAGGAGACACACUUCGCGGCAGGCGCGGACAUGGGCUCUUGCUACGACGGUGUGGGACGCGCACAGCGCUGUCUGCCUGAGUUCGAGAACGCGGCGUUCGGCCGACGCGCCGAGGCCUCCCACACGUGCGGACGGCCCCCGGAGGACUUCUGUCCACACGUGGGGGCACCAGGGGCUGGGCUACAGUGCCAGCGCUGCGACGAUGCUGACCCCGGACGACGCCACGACGCCUCCUACCUCACAGACUUCCACAGCCCCGAUGACAGCACCUGGUGGCAGAGCCCAUCCAUGGCCUUCGGGGUGCAGUACCCCACCUCUGUUAACCUGACCUUGAGCUUAGGGAAGGCCUAUGAGAUUACCUAUGUGAGGCUGAAGUUCCACACCAGUCGCCCUGAGAGUUUUGCCAUCUACAAGCGCACGUACGCCAGUGGCCCCUGGGAGCCCUACCAAUACUACAGUGCCUCCUGCCAGAAAACCUAUGGCCGUCCUGAGGGCCACUACCUGCGACCGGGCGAGGAUGAGAGGGUGGCCUUCUGCACCUCUGAGUUCAGUGACAUCUCCCCCUUGAACGGGGGCAACGUGGCCUUCUCCACCCUGGAAGGCCGUCCCAGUGCCUACAACUUUGAGGAGAGCCCUGUGCUGCAGGAGUGGGUCACCAGCACUGACAUCCUGAUCUCUCUAGAUCGGCUCAACACGUUUGGGGAUGACAUCUUCAAGGACCCCAGAGUGCUCCAGUCUUACUACUACGCUGUGUCUGACUUCUCUGUGGGUGGCAGGUGCAAAUGCAAUGGUCACGCCAGUGAAUGCGAACCCAAUGCGGCUGGUCAGCUGGCUUGCCGCUGUCAGCACAACACCACAGGAGUGGACUGCGAGCGUUGUCUGCCCUUCUUCCAGGACCGUCCGUGGGCCCGAGGCACCGCCGAGGAUGCCAACGAGUGUCUGCCCUGCAACUGCAGUGGGCACUCUGAGGAGUGCACGUUUGACAGGGAGCUCUAUCGGAGCACAGGCCAUGGUGGGCACUGUCAGCGGUGCCGUGACCACACAACUGGGCCACACUGUGAGCGCUGUGAGAAGAACUACUACAGAUGGUCCCCGAAGACACCAUGCCAACCCUGUGACUGCCACCCAGCAGGCUCUCUGAGUCUCCAGUGUGACAACUCAGGCGUCUGUCCCUGCAAGCCCACAGUGACAGGCUGGAAGUGUGAUCGCUGCCUGCCUGGAUUCCACUCACUCAGUGAGGGCGGCUGCAGACCCUGUGCCUGCAAUGUCGCCGGCAGCUUGGGCACCUGUGACCCCCGCAGUGGGAACUGUCCCUGCAAAGAGAAUGUAGAAGGCAGCCUGUGUGACAGAUGCCGCCCUGGGACAUUUAACCUGCAGCCCCACAAUCCAGUGGGCUGCAGCAGCUGCUUCUGUUAUGGCCACUCCAAGGUGUGUUCUCCUGCUGCCGGGUUCCAGGAACACCACAUCCGCUCAGACUUCCGCCAUGGAGCUGGUGGCUGGCAGAUCAGAAGCAUGGGAGUGUCCAAGCGUCCUCUGCAAUGGAGCCAGAGUGGGCUCCUCCUGGGCCUGCGAGGAGGGGAGGAACUCUCAGCCCCAAAGAAGUUCCUGGGAGACCAGAGACUCAGCUAUGGACAGCCAGUCAUACUGACCCUCCAAGUACCCCCUGGAGGCUCCCCACCUCCUAUUCAGCUGAGACUGGAGGGAGCAGGCUUGGCUCUGUCUCUGAGGCCCUCCAGUCUACCCAGCCCUCAGGACACCAGGCAGCCAAGACGAGUUCAGCUCCAGUUCCUCUUGCAGGAGACUUCUGAGGAGGCAGAGUCCCCACUGCCCACCUUCCACUUCCAGCGCCUGCUUUCCAAUCUGACUGCUCUGAGCAUCUGGACCAGUGGCCAAGGACCGGGCCAUUCUGGCCAAGUGCUCUUGUGUGAAGUUCAGCUCACAUCGGCCUGGCCCCAGCGUGAGCUUGCCCCUCCAGCCUCUUGGGUGGAGACCUGCUUAUGUCCCCAGGGAUACACAGGCCAGUUCUGUGAAUUCUGUGCUCUGGGAUACAAGAGAGAAAUACCUCAUGGGGGUCCCUAUGCCAACUGCAUUCCCUGCACCUGCAACCAGCAUGGCACCUGUGACCCCAACACAGGGAUCUGCCUGUGUGGCCACCACACCGAGGGUCCAUCCUGUGAGCGGUGCAUGCCAGGUUUCUACGGUAACGCCUUCUCAGGCCGUGCUGAUGAUUGCCAGCCCUGUCCGUGCCCUGGCCAAUCAGCCUGUGCAACCAUCCCAGAGAGUGGAGAUGUGGUGUGCACACACUGCCCUCCUGGUCAGAGAGGACGACGAUGCGAGAGCUGCGAAGAUGGCUUUUUUGGGGAUCCUCUAGGGCUCUCUGGAGCUCCCCAGCCCUGCCGCCGAUGCCAGUGCAGCGGGAACGUGGAUCUCAAUGCUGUGGGCAACUGUGAUCCUCAUUCUGGCCACUGCUUGCGCUGUCUGUACAACACGACAGGGGCCCACUGCGAGCACUGUCGGGAGGGUUUCUACGGGAGUGCCGUGGCCACAAGGCCCGUGGACAAAUGUGCUCCCUGCAGCUGUGACCUGAGGGGCUCAGUCAGUGAGAAGACCUGCAACCCUGUGACUGGCCAGUGUGUCUGCCUGCCUUAUGUCUCCGGGAGGGACUGCAGCCGCUGCAGCCCUGGCUUCUAUGACCUCCAGUCUGGGAGGGGCUGCCAGAGCUGCAAAUGUCACCCACUUGGAUCCUUGGAGAAUAAGUGCCACCCCAAGACUGGCCAGUGUCCCUGCCGACCUGGUGUCACUGGCCAAGCCUGUGACAGAUGCCAGCUAGGUUUCUUUGGCUUCUCCAUCAAGGGCUGCCGAGACUGUAGGUGCUCCCCAUUGGGUGCUGCCUCAUCUCAGUGCCAUGAGAACAGCACCUGUGUGUGCCGGCCCGGCUUUGUGGGCUAUAAAUGCGACCGCUGCCAGGACAAUUUCUUCCUCGCGGAUGGCGACACAGGCUGCCAAGAGUGUCCCACUUGCUAUGCCCUAGUGAAGGAAGAGGCAGCCAAGCUGAAGGCCAGGUUGAUGCUGAUGGAGGGGUGGCUUCAAAGGUCUGACUGUGGUAGCCCCUGGGGACCACUAGACAUUCUGCAGGGAGAAGCCCCUCUGGGGGAUGUCUACCAAGGUCACCACCUACUUCAAGAGACCCGGGGGACCUUCCUGCAGCAGAUGGUGGGCCUGGAGGAUUCUGUGAAGGCCACUUGGGAGCAGUUGCAGGUGCUGAGAGGGCAUGUACACUGUGCCCAGGCUGGAGCUCAGAAGACCUGCAUCCAGCUGGCAGAGCUGGAGGAGACAUUGCAGUCCUCAGAGGAGGAGGUCCUUCGUGCAGCCUCAGCUCUCUCAUUUCUGGCAAGUCUUCAGAAAGGAUCCAGCACACCCACCAAUUGGAGUCACCUGGCAUCAGAGGCCCAGAUCCUUGCCAGAAGCCACAGGGACACGGCCACCAAGAUCGAAGCUACCUCGGAAAGGGCCCUGCUCGCCUCCAACGCCAGCUAUGAGCUCCUGAAGCUGAUGGAAGGCAGAGUGGCCUCGGAAGCCCAGCAGGAACUGGAGGACAGGUACCAGGAGGUGCAGGCAGCUCAGACUGCCCUGGGCAUAGCUGUGGCAGAGGCGCUGCCCAAAGCUGAAAAGGCACUGGCCACGGUGAAGCAAGUCAUUGGUGACGCAGCCCCACAUCUAGGCUUGCUGGUCACCCCUGAAGCAAUGAACUUCCAAGCCAGGGGCCUGAGCUGGAAAGUGAAGGCCCUGGAGCAGAAGCUGGAGCAGAAGGAGCCCGAGGUGGGCCAGUCUGUGGGAGCCCUGCAGGUGGAGGCUGGAAGAGCCUUGGAGAAGAUGGAGCCCUUUAUGCAGCUACGCAAUAAGACCACAGCUGCCUUCACACGGGCUUCCUCAGCUGUGCAAGCUGCCAAGGUGACCGUCAUAGGAGCAGAGACCCUGCUAGCUGACCUAGAGGGAAUGAAGCUGAGGUCUCCUCUACCCAAGGAGCAGGCAGCGCUGAAGAAGAAAGCAGGCAGCAUCAGGACCAGGCUCCUGGAGGACACAAAGAGGAAGACCAAGCAGGCAGAGAGGAUGCUGGGAAAUGCUGCCUCUCUCUCCUCCAGCACCAAGAAGAAAAGCAAAGAAGCAGAACUGAUGUCUAAGGACAAUGCCAAGCUCUCCAGAGCUUUGCUGAGGGAAGGCAAGCAGGGCUACCGUCAUGCCAGCCGACUCGCCAGCCAGACCCAGGCCACACUCCGUCGGGCCUCUCGCCUGCUGCUGACCUCAGAAGCACACAAGCAGGAGCUGGAGGAAGCUAAACAGGUGACCUCUGGGCUGAGCACUGUGGAGCGCCAGAUCCGAGAGUCUCGGAUCUCCUUGGAGAAGGACACCAAGGUCCUGUCAGAGCUGCUUGUGAAGCUGGGGUCCCUGGGUGUCCACCAAGCCCCUGCUCAGACCCUGAACGAGACCCAGCGGGCACUAGAAAGCUUGAGGCUGCAGCUGGAUUCCCACGGAGCCCUGCAUCACAAACUGAGGCAGCUGGAGGAAGAGUCUGCUCGACAGGAGCUGCAGAUUCAGAGCUUUGAGGACGACCUUGCUGAGAUCCGCGCUGACAAGCACAACUUGGAGACCAUUCUGAGCAGUCUGCCAGAGAACUGUGCCAGCUAGACCCUGGUACACCCUCCCCACCCUGCCGUUUCCUGUCCACUCCCUGUAGGUGUCCCAGGUCUGCCUGUCGUAUGUUCACGUGAAUGCUUGUUUGCUGGUGCAUCUUCGGUCUGAGCAGGAGUGAAUACAUGCUCACACCUCCACAGAUGACCCUGUAUGUAGUCCUCAGUGUGUACUCUCUAAACGUGCAUCAGCAUACACACCCCAGUAUUUGCACAUAUGUGUAUGUGAUGCACUGAUGUGUUAAGACCACCUGUGUGCAUGCACACAUAUGAGAGUCUAGAGCUGUGGAGAGGCAGUCCUGAGCUUGGGCACAUUCCACAUUCUGGGUGGGUCCUGUUAUGAAAUAUUCCCUGCAGGGAUGACACAUCUACAACCCUCCCUCCAGAAAUCAGGGGCCAACAGGGGUGGUACCUCCGAGGCUGAGAGACUAUCUAUCCUCAGAGAUUUUGAGAAGCCUCAGAAAGUCCCAUGUGCAUGGUCACAGAGCUGGCCCUGGACCCACUAUGCUCCUCUGUCCCCUAACUGGUCACCCAGCAGCUCUGAGAACUGAGGUACCAGACAGAUCAAGCAGUGCCCAGAUUCUAACAGGGUUCCUGGAAGUGUCACCUGAGGCCACGUGGGCCUGCAAAGCCACAGGGCAAGGUAAGAUGGAGGUAUCUUUUGUGGACGAUUCCCCAGAGGGAUCUGGACCAGCUGUUUCAUUGAGGGAAGUGCCUGAUCCAUCCACCUUCAAUGUCCUGACCUACCUGAAGAACCAGCUUCUUCAGGGUCUGGCUCAUAAGCCCUCAGGCAGGCAAUGGGGACAGCCCUUUGUGCCUUGCUGACCCGGUUAGCCUUUGAUUGACACUUCUCAGACUGGUCUUGUGGCCCCACCUGUCAUGAAGUAUGUCACAGGGAUGUGGGAGCCUGGCUGUCAUUCUAAGCCUGCUACCCAUGACUGCCUCCCCCAGAAAUCCCUGGCAUUUCUUCCUGAUACCCCCUCUUUUUCUCAGAGCUCUUUAGAACACAGCAGAGCCUAGGCACUGGGAUAACAGCCACCUUUGCAAGCCCAAUCCCUUCCCCAGGUCCCAGAGGAACUGAUUGUGAUUCUGAGGAAAUAAAGGACCCUUUUCCUGUGCUGUGCCUUUGGUCCUCCAGUGCUAGUGUGGCGACCAGGGCCUGCUGUGGGUAUGCACAGAGCACUUCCUGUGGCUGGCCCGGAAAGCAGGUAGUGAUUUCCUGCAUUUGUGAUCCCAUGUGUGGGAAGGAGGUUGGCAGAACUGGGCUUGUGCCAUCCUGGGGUCUGUCGUGUUGGCCUUAGCAGGGGCACUGUGACUACCACCUUUCUUCUCAGAUCCAGGGGGCUUUCAGACAAAGGUGAGGGGCCUGGAUAGAGGUGGUACACAAAGAGUUCGUCUGCCACUCCCUGGUUCAGGGUGGAGACACUGAGGCAGAGAACUGAACUUAAUUCUGUCCAGUAGGACGGUAAGAGGAAAGGAGGGCCACCAUCGAGAGGAGGGGGCCUUGAGCCUGGGUCUGGAAGGGUGGAGAGACGGGGACAGAGGGGGGAGAAUGACCCAUAUAAGAGGGCAGGUAGCAGCCAAGGUUACAGCCUGGCUUGGAUCGGUCAUUGCAAACUUAGAUUAGAGCAGAUUGUAAAGCAUCCUCUAUUUUAUUAAGGCGUUAGGCCACAAGGCCAAAAUGAUUACCAGAUUAGCUUCAAUGGGACAGUGGAAGUCGCUGGGAGGGUGAUUUGGACUUCUGGGCUAGGAGAGGCUGCCAGGCUUUAGAGAAACCUAAGCCUGGGGCUGCUGAGAUGGGUAGCUUUUCCCUCCUGCCUUCUUCCUUGGCCUCAGCUUGGCUCUUUUCCGUUUGCUUAGGCCUUGCCUCUACAAAUUAGCUUUCCUUGUCUUUCUUGUACAUAAUGGUUGAUGAUAUUGCACCCUUCCUCCAUCCUCUACAAAGCCCUGGGCAUGCAUAUCAUCAGCUCAUUAUUUUUAUUUUUUUAUUCAUUUUUUUUUCAAGACAGGGUUUCUCUGUGUAGCCCUGGCUGUCCUGGAACUCUCUCUGUGGACCAGGCUGGCCUCGAACUUGGAGAUCUGCCUGCCUCUGCCUCCCAAGUGCUGGGAUUAAAGGUGUGAACUACCAUUGCUCAGCUAUUAUUUUUAUUUUGAGAUUCUGUUCAUUUUUGUUUUAUAUGUAUGUGUGCUUUGCCUGCGUGCAUAUCUGGGAACCACAUGCAUGCUUCAGGUCCUCUGGAACUGGAGUUACAGAUAGCUGAUAGCUGCCAUGUGAGUGAUGGAAGCCAAACCCAGGUGAACAAACAGACACUUCUCUUCUUCUUCUUCUUCUUCUUCUUCUUCUUCUUCUUCUUCUUCUUCUUCUUCUUCUUCUUCUUCUUCUUCUUCUUCUUCUUCUUCUUCUUCUUCUUCUUCUUCUUCUUUUUUGUUCUUCCGAGACAGGGUUUCUCUGUGUAGCCCUGGCUGUCUUGGAACUCACUCUGUAGACCAGGCUGGCCUUGAACUCAGAAAUCCGCCUGCCUCUGCCUCCCAAGUGCCGGGAUUAAAGGCAUGCGCCACCACUGUUCAGCAAGCAGACACUUCUUUUAACUGCUGAUCCACCACUCCAGCCCCACAUCAAAUGUUGAGUGGUCAAGUCCCCUGCUUGGCCAAAAUACCAGGGACUUUGUGUCCAAGGCUUUGUGGUGAGACAUGCCAUAUAUGUACAGGCAAAGUGUUCUGAGGAGAGGAGCAUCCCUCCAGAGAGAACCUUGAGGUCAAGGUGAGGCUGAGGAUGGUGUGGCUGCCAUUUUAUGUUGAGUGGGACUGAUAUGGUAGGUUGCCAGGGUUGGGGUAGAAAGACGGAAGACGGGAUUGGGUAAUUAGGAUCUGGUGUGUGAUAUAAAGGACAUGGGAGCUCUAAAGUCAAAAUCUGGGGCAGGAUCCGGCACUUCUCUGGCCUUAACCCAGUUUCUCCACUGAUGGAUGGCCAACCUCUACCCACUUGAGCCAUGAUGUACAGCAAAGCGUGGUCCCAGCAUCUCUAGUGGGCGGAGACCAGGCUUCCUAGGAAACAAGUCUCAGGCCUGCCAAGUGACUCAUGCGGUAUGGUCAUGCCUGGUGUAUGCAGAGCCACUCAGAAGGUCCAGAGGUGGGGCUGCACAUGACGGAGGGGAAUGCUAGCAGCAGCUGAACAUCUGUCUAACUCAGCAGCCAGCUGAGCAGUAGAACUUGGGAUGGCCCCUGUCCUAUCCCACUGAACAGCCAGGAACAGCUGUGGAGCAGUCUUCUCUGAGGAGAAAACAUUCCUUCCGGUAGGGGGGCUCCUCAGGCAGAGAGGUAAACAGCCCAAAACAAGAGCUUCAAGAGCUCCCUGAAACUGAGCGGAUUCCCCAGGCCCCUUCCUGCCGGCCUCAGCAGAACCCAGCUGCAAGAAGACUCUUAGACAAGUAGAGUUGCCUGCUGGUUAGACUAACUGAUGCCCCGGGAAAGGAGACUCUCCAUCCAACCUGUCACACUGUCUGUAGACCAUGCGGCGGGCUCCAGGUUCCCAGUUUUGUGAGCUGUCAUCCAUGCUAGGGGGUGGACUUUGGCAACACAGCUGUCUGUGAGUCAUUUCUGUUUCUGUAAGUUAACUCUUCACCCAUAUUCUUGUAAAUAACCCUAAUAAAGCUUACUGGGUCACCAA